CGCCAGGUCGGCGCCAUCGGGUUUGCGGAGCCGGAGCUUCGAUGGGGCCCAUAAGGGGUGCGAAGAGGAAGAGGGUGCCCGAGGAAGAUGCUGACCUUUUUGCCCCCGCCGUCCGCCGUGGACCCGGCAUUCCCUGCGGCGACUCGGAUUGGUGGGGCGGCUUCUCCCGGAGGUUGUUCGCCGGCACCGGCGGGAUUUCGAAAGACAGAGCUUUUUCUUCGUCUUCCUCCUUUGAAUCCGUCUUCAAAUUCUCCAGAAGAACGUUCAAUUACAUAUGCUCACUGGUUAAAGACGAGAUGAUGUCCAAACACUUGAACCUGACGGAUCUGAGCGGGAAGCACCUGUCCCUGAACGACCGCGUGGCGGUGGCGCUGCGGCGGUUGAGCUCCGGCGAAUCCCUCUCCGUUCUCGGAGACUCCCUCGGGAUUGCCCGGUCGGCUGUCGGGCAGAUCACGUGGCUGUUCGUGGAAGCCAUAGAGGAGAGAGGCCUCCACCAUCUCCGGUGGCCGUCUCUGGAGGAGGACGUGAAGGGGAUCAAGGACAGAUUCGAGAGCGUCCGCGGGCUGCCUAACUGCUGCGGCGCGAUUGACGUCACGCACGUCGGGUUCUGCCAGUCGCCGGCGGAUCCGGCGGAGAAGAUCUGGCGCGAUCCGGAGGGGAACCACAGCAUGAUCCUCCAGGCGAUCGUGGAUCCGGCGAUGCGGUUCGUCGACGUCUUCGCCGGGGCGCCGGGAAGCAUGAGCGACGCGCAAACCCUAGCGAUCUCGAGAUUCUUCGAGCUCGCGGAGGAAGGGAAACGGCUGAACGGCGAGAAGCUGAAGCUCUCGGACGGGACGGAGAUCCGAGAAUACCUAAUCGGAGACUCCGGAUUCCCGCAUCUGCCGUGGCUCCUCACUCCCUACAACCGCCGCGGCGGAGAUCUCUCCGAUCACCAAUCGGAGUUCAACCGGCGCCAUUCCGCGACCAGAAGAGUCGCCGGGAGAGCUUUGACGAGGCUGAAAGACCGCUGGAAGAUCAUUCAAGGAACGAUGGGGAGGACGGAUAAGCACAAGCUGCCGAGAAUCGUACUCGUAUGUUGCCUUCUCCACAAUAUACUCAUCGAUCUGGAAGACGACGACGGCGACGAGAUUCAAAUCGACGGAGCUCUCAAUUCACGCAACCACGACGCCGAUUAUCGGCAACAGAACGGAGAUCUGGCCGGGAUUAACAACAGAGCUGCUCGGAAUCAAAGAGAAAAGCUUGCUCUGUAUCUGGCUGGGGAACAAGUUUCUUCAUCAGAUCUUUCUGAUUGAUCAAGCAUUGCUGUUAUGGACAAUGGAAGUUUUUGUGGUCUAGAAUACCAAUCUUCUCCUUAAAUAAAGGGAAAACAAACAUUAAAGAAACCAUGAUGAGACUUGUGAACACUACUAAAGAAAAUUGGAUAAUGUUU